AUGUCCCAUACACCGUUAAGAUCACGAUCUUCUUUGGGCUCUGGCCAUCAUACUACUAAUGCCACCAUUGCUACAGCAACAAACACAUCUAUGGAACCCACAGGCACAGGAAUGAAAAGAAUGACAUAUAGACCACCAUCAAGACGUGCAAGCACCCAUCGACCAGCGUCACCAGCACACCCAUUGCAUCUGCAACUGCAAGCACAACUACAAACACAACUGUAUUCAACAAGAUCAAUAUCCUCUUCUCACGGUCUUCAUCGUCAAAACAGCUUUCUGAAUCCACAAGAAAUCAGAUCACGCUCGAGACCAGGUUCGUCUUUGGGUGUAAGCAGACCUUCCACGCCAGUUAAUGGGUACCAAAGGCAACAAGAACCAUAUACAGGACAUAUAUCUGUCUCAAUCAGACCCAAUCCACAUUCCUAUACAGAAAAUUGUCAAGGUUGGUUGAUCAAUGAGUACACCAACACAAUCACUAAUUCUCUCGACGGCACAACAUUCCAAUUUGACCACGUCUUUCCUCCAAACGAUUUAUCUUUGAAUAACAACUAUGAAGUAUACCGUAGGACCUGUCGACCCGUGGUUGAGCAAUUUCUUGAAGAAGGAUACAACGGAACCGUGUUUGCCUAUGGUAUGACGGGUUCUGGAAAGACUUAUAGCAUGAAGGGAUCCGAUACUGAUUUGCAGAGCACAGGAUUUGUUGAGUUGGCCAUUAAUGACUUAUUUUCAAAGAUUGAACGAAUGAAUGAGAUGAUGAAGUAUCAAGUACAUAUAUCAUAUUUGGAGAUUUAUAACGAGAGGAUCAUUGAUUUGCUUAGUACUGCGAGCACUACAAGCAAUCAUUCGUUUCUAUCAUCUUCAUCAUCAUCAUCUUAUUCUUCUUCUUCCUUAUCUUCUUCUCCUUCCUCAUCUUCACUUGCCGACUUAAAGAUAAGAGACGAUCCCGAAUAUGGAGUUAAAGUUAUUGGCUUGACCACCGCACAAGUAACUUCAAAAGAACAGAUCUUGUCAUUGAUCAAAAGAGGUGACAUGAAUAGAAAAACAAGUGCGACUGAUUUUAAUGCACAUUCUUCGCGUUCGCAUUCUAUUUUGCAAAUCAAAUUGAGCAAAGUAGAUUUAUUGACAAAUCUCGAGUCGUGGGCUACACUCUCUCUAUGUGAUCUAGCAGGAUCUGAACGAGCCUCAAGUAGUUUGGAGAGGCGUAAGGAAGGAAGUUAUAUCAACAAAUCAUUGCUAGCUUUAAGUAAUGUCAUAAACAAACUAUCUCAGUCGUCUAAUCUUGCAGGAUACGCCAACACCGAUAUGCAUAUAAGCUACCGUGACUCCAAAUUAACCAGACUAUUGCAACCUGCAUUGAGUGGAAAAAGUUUAGUGCUGAUUCUAUGUACGAUUCACAUGGGCGGAAAUUUGAGCAGUAACAACAAUAAUGGAAUCAACAGUGGCCCUACCAACUCCGUGAAUACAAUGAAUCAGUCAGUUUCAGAAACUUACAAGACACUUCGCUUUGCAGCUAGAGCUAAAAACAUCAUCACCAAUGUGGAAAAGAACAGCAUUCGAAGCGAAUAUAAUGAUCUUGACGUUCAAAGAUUGAUUAGAGAACUCAACAAUACCAUUGAAUUACAGAAACAAGAACUUAUGGUACUAAAGGCAACUAAUUCUACCGAUGUUUUAAGCCCGCCACCUCUACUCAACACGUCUCAAUUGCAAUCAGCUUCUUCUUCAGCUGCUACUACUACUACUAAUAAUAAUAAUAAUAAUAAUAAUAAUGAUACUUUGCUGCUGGUUGAGCAAGAACUAAGGGCUGAAAAUAAAAUUCUUAUGGACAAGGUAGAGCACCUCACAAGACUAACCGAUUUGCAAAGAACAGAAACGAUAAUUAUAAAGGAUAACGUUAUCAAUGACAUAAUUGGGUCAGGAGCAACAAAUGCGCAAUUGUAUCUUGCCAACAUUGAAGAAUAUUUUAGAAGGUCGAUGUAUGAAGCACAGAACCAUAAGAUGUACAUUGAGCAAUUGGAGAAUCAGCUCAAGAAUCAUUACAUCAGCAAUCCCCGCGAUUUGGCUCAGACAAAUAAGCACGUGUCCCCAUCUGUUGCUGGAGCCAAUAUCAAAGAGGACAAUGAAGACGAUGCAAACUUAUUAGACGUGUUAAAAGAGCAAGAAGGAGAAAUAAUGCAAUUGAAAGAGGUGAUCAAGGACAAAGAUCAUAUAAUUAAGAGCUUUACUAAAUCAUCGAGGAUGAGAAAGCUCGCAGACUCAUCCAAUUUGGGCAACGUAGGCAAUACACUAAAAAAUAGCUACUGUGCCAUGGAUCUAGAGUAUAAGCUACUGCUGCUGUUGCUGCUGCUGCUGCAACGGGAACAACAAUACCAGUACUCAUCUUCACGAAGCCAUGGUGAUAUAUCGAAGGGCAAAGAGAGCAGUGGUCAUGAUAUGUAUUUAGAUAAAGAAAACGAACCAAUGAUGGCGGUUGAUGUCAAACUGAGUCCAAAGAGACUAAGAUCAAGUUUUGAUAUAAUAUGA